AUGCUGAAACGACUGGUUGGUGUGAAGCUCGCUUGUGGGCGAAAUUUCAGCUAUCUCGGGGCUCUCAUGGGCGAAAAACAAGCCAAAAAAAUGGACUCUAGAGAGGCCGAUGGGUUUAAAGACGAGCAGGUAUCGUCGGUCCAUGAAAGAACACUGUUCGAGCAGAUCUUCACACAGAUCAUGAAGAAAGACGAGAAUAAGAAAAGAUCCAAGGAACUUUUAAGGCCAAUUUUAGGACAAGAAAUUCACCGAUCAAGCGUGGAAACGGUGAACAAGCAAGACAAUCUUCAAGUGGUUUUCGAAAACACCAAGAAAUCCGAUUCUGUUAACGAUACACUUUCGAAGUUCUUCCGGGACGCUGUGGGUAAUGAUGCGGAGGAUUCCAGCGCUCUUGCGAGAAUGACAACAGAAGAUAUUCGCAAAUAUCCGGUAUCGUUGACACCGACGUAUUUUUCGAAAGAAAAGAGCCCCGGCAUUACUGAGAAUGGGCAAAAUGUAAGCCCAUCUACGCAGGUAUCUGCUGCGUCUUAUAUCGAAAAGAUUCUGGCGUCAGAUCUCAAGUUGAGCUUGUCUCGUGAGAAAACUGCAACCUCCAACAUUAAUCCUAAUCUCAUAAGACAAAUCGAAGCCAAAAACCGAUUAACUGCAAGUUUGGAAACCGCUUUGGGUCCUUAUUUGCUGAUGUUACAAGAUCGCAUUCAAACCGACGGAGAUUGUCUUGCAGUCAUUCAAGAUCUUCUGAAGCAGUACCUGAACAGAGAUUUGGAUUGCGAUUCGGAGACUCUAGAGCACCUGAAGCAAAAAUGCUCAGAAAACCCUGCUCAUUUACCGCAGCCGUUGCAUAUUACCGCGCCGUUUGUCAUUCGGCAUCUUUUGACUAGCUGUGACUUUUCAUUUCCACCGGAGCGUCGAUACGCUCUAAUAUCUCUGGUUUACAAUUCGUGCAAAAAAGCUUCAGACGUUUCUCUGUAUCUGAACGUGUGCAACAUCGACUUUUACAACUUACUCAUCGAGUUGACCUGGGAAAACCUCCAAGAAAUACAUCAAGUGAGACAAUUGGUGGCCGAAAUGACGGUAAACGGCAUCAUUGGUGACCUACGAACCGUAGAAAUUCUUUCAGAGAUUGCCAAGGCUAUGAGACAUAUGAAUGAUGGUAUAGCUGAUGACUCUGGCUAUUCAGAAGGUGCUCUGACUGUGGGUGUCGUAUGGUGUCGUGAAAAUGCUCAAGACUUGAACUACAUCGAGGACUACCUGAAGAAACUCGAGCAGAGUCACACCCAAGUACAAAGCAUUUGA